GGCAACAGUCGAGCGCACUGUAGUCGCUUUGUGUGACUGGGAAUGUUUGUUUAUUUAUUUGCAUAUAUCUUGCAAAGAUUCAGACAUCAGGCAGACAUUGUUUCUUUCUUCGUGCAAAUGAGAGUGGUUUGACACCUAUUCAUGUUUGUUGUUCCAACAGAGUCCUAGUCAUGGCGAAUGAGCCCAGUGAUCCUCUGCCGCUGGAAGCACCCAUGUUUAUUCUUGAGAAUGGGGAGAUGUACAGGAACCCAACUGAGGUAAAGAUGAGCCAGAUAGUCCUCCCCUGCCAUGCUAACUACUGUGGAGAACUCAGCGCUGGGCAGCUACUCAAGUGGAUGGACUCCACGGCCUGCUUGUCUGCUGAGAGACAUGCUGGCUGCUCUUGCAUCACAGCCUCAGUGGAUGACAUUCACUUUGAAACCACCAUAGGGGUUGGACAGGUUGUAAACAUCACAGCCAAAGUCAACAGAGCCUUCACAUCCAGCAUGGAGGUUGGGAUUUUGGUGAGCUGUGAAGAUCUCUUCAGUGACAGACAGUGGAAGGUCUGUCACGCUUUUGCCACCUUUGUGGCCCGUCGUACUGAAACCGGAAAGGUACAGCUGAAGCAGGUGAUUCCACACACGCAGGCAGAGCAGAUGGAGUACAGCCUCGCAGCCGAGCGCAGGAGGAUGAGACUGAUCCAUGCAGAGAUAAUUAACGAUCUUCUCAGCAGCUGCUCCUCUCAGACAGUGAGUGAGUGUCUAGAUUACCAGGAUGCGGUGCCUGCGGAGCGGACUCGGGUAGAAAGUGUCGAGCUGGUGCUCCCCCCUCAUGCCAAUCACCAGGUCAGCACGUUUGGUGGACAAAUCAUGGCCUGGAUGGAGAAUGUAGCCACCAUCUCUGCCAGUCGUUUGUGUAAUGCUCACCCGACUCUACGGAGUAUAGACAUGUUCCACUUUCGUGGGCCAUCCCACAUUGGAGACAGACUGGUGUUGAAGGCAAUCGUAAACAAUGCUUUCAAAAAAAGUAUGGAGGUGGGAGUGUGUGCAGAGGCCUAUCAGGGUGGAGAGCCCCUGCGACACAUCAACACCGCCUUCAUGACCUUUGAGGUCUUGGACAAUGACAGGAAGCCAUGCACGUUGCCAAGGAUACGGCCUGAGCCUGUGCAUGGUAAAAGACGCUUUCAGGAAGCAAUAGCCAGAAAGAAAAUCCGCCUUGACAGGAAGUACAUAAUAUCCUGCAAACAAAGUGAGGUUCCUCUCUCAGUUCCCUGGGACCCAAGUAACCAGAUGUACCUCAGUUACAACAAUGUUUCGGCACUGAAGAUGUUGGCUGCCCGGACUAACUGGGUCUUAACCUCAGAGAAAAACAAGGUGAGUUUAUACACCCUGGAGGAGAACCAGAUGUUGUGCUUUAAGGUGGAGACUCAUGUGGCUGUGGCGGCCGAGCAGGUGUUUCUGUUACUCUCUGAUCUAAGGCGAAGGAAGGCAUGGGACCACCACUACCAAGAGUGUGAAGUGAUAACUGACUCGAAUGAAGACGACACCAUCUACCGUGUUGUCACCCCCUCUGUGACUAAAGGAGGCAAAGUACAGGACUUCAUCCUCCUGGCCUCCAGGAGGCGGCCUUGUGAUUCUGGAGACCCUUAUUUGAUUGCCUUGCGUUCUGUGACCCUGCCUGCCUACCCUCCCACUGAAGACUACAACAGAGGGGAGGUACUCUGUGCUGGGUUCAGUAUCUGGGAAGAGGAAAACUCCUUCACUAAGAUUUCUUACUACAACCAGGCCACUCCUGGCGUGCUGCCCUAUAUCUCCACUGACAUCGCUGGGCUUUCCUCCAGCUUCUACUGCACCUUUGCCUCAUGUAGCGCUUUCCUGGAGGAGAAUAAAGACAGCCUGGCUUCCCUGCCCACCUGCAGCCUGUGAGAAAGCUGAAUUCGACAUUCUGUGCUCUUCAGAAAUUGAUUUGGUUUCUGAAAAUAUAUCUGGUUAUGGUCAAGAUAAGUGUGACCCUGGACCACAAAACCAGUCUUAAGUAGCAUGGGUAUUUUUAUAGCAAUAGCCAACAAUACAUUGUGUGUGUCAAAAAUUGUAGAUUUUUCUUUUAUGCCAAAAAUCAUUAGGAUAUUAAGUAAAGAUCAUGUUCCAUGAAGAUAUCCUACCAUAAAUGUAUCAAAACUUAAUUUUUUAUUAGUAAUAUGCAUUACUACAGAACUUCAUCUGGACAACUUUAAAGGUGAUUUCUCUAUAUUUAUCAAUGGAAAGUUUAUUUAUUUAGCAUUCAGAUGUAUACAUUUAAAAAAAAUUGACCCUUAUGACUGGUUUUGUGGCCCAGGGUCAUAUAUAGGGUUGACACAGACAUUGACAUUUGAAUUUAGUAUAAAUGAUUGUUAACUUUAGGUACGUAAAACUCAGAAAAUAAGUUAUAAAAUUGUCACUGGGAUGGUACUCUAAGAUACAAAAGCUAAAAGUUACAUCUUUGUACUGUAUUUAACUCUAAAUAACACAUAUUAGCACCUCAAACUUACAUAUUAGCACUUUAAAAGUAUAUAUUAGCAAAUGAACUGUACAUACUAGUACAUUUUGAAAGGAUACCACCCCAGUGACAGUUGUGUACUUUUUGGAAUUUAGAAAAAGGCAUUAGUAUUGUUAUCAGGGGAGUCUUUUUUGCUGAAACACCAUAUAUAAAUAUAUAUAGAGAAUUAUUUUGUAUGUAGCCUUGAUGAAUAAUGUUAUUUAAAAAAAAGAAAAAAAAAGAAAAGAAAAUUCUAGAUAGUUUAGAUAUUUCACCUCUUAGACUAUAAGCUAGAAUUUAGGGUUAUGUGCAAUAACGUAAAAUUCCUCUUUAGAUGCCACUGCCAGAGGAGUAAGCUAGUAAAUUUCACUGUUGUCGUUGUCAAUAACGCAAAGUACUCAAAAUAAAACUAAUAAACUUUAAAUAGGUGGCAAGGUCGAUAUGUGGUACUUCCUGGGACAUGCACAAUCACGUUUGCAUAGAUUUUCAGUCUAGUUAGCGACGGAUGUUAGCCUACCUUUUCAUGUAAGGCCAGAACAAUGCACUGAAUUUCACAUUUCUGAUUCAGUGAAAGGAACUUUAUUGAAUUCAUAAAAUCUAAAUAAAGACAUUGCAUAAUGCUUUUUGAUUUUUUUUCAUAAAUCCUGUUACAUUUAUCAAUGUAAUGCAGGUCAUCUUUAUUCACUGUCAAGCUAUCCUGGCCACUGCAUUUUCUAAGUUUAUUUAAAGAUCCUUUUGUAUUGCAGUAAUUUGAGUCUGUUCUACUGUUUAAACAUGUCAUUCAGUUCGUCUUUCUUAAAGGUAUAGUUCACCCAAAAAUGAAAAUGCUGUCACUAAUUACUCACCCGUAUGUCGUUCCAAAGACCUUCGUUCAUCUUCAGAAU